AUGGACCCAAAGGGGCCCUUGAACAUCAUAUAUUUGGAUUGUCCCCAGGAGGAUUGUUCGAAGAACGAUUGUACCCAGGAAGAUUGUUCGAAUAAGGAUUGUCCGCAGGAAGAUUGUUCAAAGGAGGAUUGUCCACAGGAAGUUUGCUCGGGAAAAGGUUGUUCGAAGGAUUGUUCGGAGGAGGAUUGUCCGCAAGAAGAUUGCUCGGGAGAAGAUUGUACGAAGGAGAAUUGUCCGCAGGAAGAUUGUUCGGAGGAGGAUUUCGAGGAGAAAGAUUAUCCGGAGGAAGAGGAUUGUCCGCGGGAGGAUUGUUUGAAAGAGGAUUGUUCGAAGAAGGAUUGUCCGCAGGAGAAUUGUCCGCAGGAAGAUUGUCGACAGGAAGAUUGUUUGGAGGAGGAUUGUCCGCAGGAAGAUUGUUCGAAGGAGGAUUGUCCGCAGGAAGAUUGUUCAGAAGAAGAUUGUUCACAGGACGAUUGUCCGCAGGAAGAUAGUUCAGAAGAGGAUUGUCCGUAG